UACCUCGCAACUUGGGUCAAGUGCGGUCCGCAGUGCAAGUGGUGCAGCAGUGUGUACUCGUAGAUAAACUCAUCUAAAUGUGGUCGUGUUAAAAAUAGUGCGUCCUCAUUUUUGAAGUUAUUUUAAGAAACUUUUUUUUCUACGGAAAAAAUGAGACUUUUACAGAAAAUAAGACUGAUGAUUUCCAUGUCACUCGUGGUACUCGGAGUUCUCGUCCUGGUCGAAAUUUCCGUGGCGAAUCCAGGUUUUCAUGACCUCCACCACCAUCACCACCACCACCCUCGACCCAGGUUCCUCUCGUCGCAUGGGAAACUUAUAAAAUUGUACGGGGAUGGCUACACUUCGAAGGACCUCCUUUUCCCGGCCGCCUACGUGGAGCUGAAGUACCCCGUGUUGCGACAUCCCAGGAAAAAUACGCUGCCACACCACCACCAUCACGACCACCCCCACCCCCACCACCACCACUAUGUCACCACACAUCCCGUCCACCACCACCAUGACGACGAUCAUCAUCACGACACCUUCGACCACAUCGGACCACACGCCCAUUCCUACGACUCGUUCGGCGAAGAGGACCCGCAUCUCGGAUUAGGGGCUCGUGUCGGUAGUGGUGGCGGUGGUCCUCCCGACAGUACUGUGACCUACACGAAAACCACCACCAUCGAGAAGGACGGGACAGGUCACACUACAACCCGGGAGGAAUGGGAACCUCCCAUUUUCGAGGCGGGUAGUGGCAGCAGCUCGUCCCCGAUCAGUUACGAUAACGGAGGAGGGGAAGAAACCUACUCUUCUGGUGGGCUUGGAUCUGUCAGCAGUGAUGGGGACGUGGUCACUUUAUCGGACGAGUCACCAUCGCCUUAUCCUCUCAUUUCCGCCCCACUCGUAGAAAAUUUGGUAGGCAUCACUAAAGACGAAAUCCCACAGGACCCAGUCCAACAUCCGGCCUCCCCCGCUAUAAAGAUCCAACCGGUGGAGAAGGUCAUCAAAAAUGUGGCGCUGGAAUCCUACAUCUGGGUUCGUAGGGAGGAAGGGACGCCAAUCAUUAGGCUUACGCUGGACCCCGUGCGAAGGUCGACCUACUUCCUCGACGACACGCCAACGGCACGUCGAAUCCAUGUCGUAUCGCGAGAACGCGUCUGCAUUCAAGGUGCCCGAAUAGAUGGUCACACGGCGUCCGCGUCGCCAUGUUCCGCGUCCCAAGAUGACCCCCUCAUUCAGUGGGAUUUCGUGCCCAUUCAACACGGCCAAUACUGGAUUCAGCUGUCCGGUUCGAACCACUGUUUGCAACCGGGAAGUGCCCUCACAGCGCCGAGAUUUGUGGAAAUGGCGCCUUGCGACUUGUACGAACCGGGUCAAUUGUGGGAACUGGGGACGGUUCUGCCCUCGCCAACCUCGGCCGCGAAUUCGCACCAGUUCAAGACCGGAAGUGGUAGCAAGGAGGUGAAUAAAGGAUGGACGAAGUAGAAAAUGGGGAGAAAAAAUCGCAUAAAAUUCUACAGAUGCCAAAUUAAUUAUAGUUUUUCAUUUUUUUUGUUUCUUAUUUAUUUUCUCAUCAUCGACAUUAAAAUUAUCACUGACAUUAAAAAAAUGUAUAGAAUUUUA